AAAAAAAAAAGGGGCAGAACGCCAGAGACAAAGGAUAGCCAUCUCGCUCCAAUCAGUUCAGACUCGCUAGGGUUUCUUCUAUUCCGAGCUCGAUUCUCUCCCGGCUUUCGCCCGAUCGUUUUGUUUUCUGACUAGAUUAAGUCUUGCGCAAUUCUUCAUGGAGGGUCCGGGAUUGGAAGAGAAUAAGAAGUCUGAAGCGCAUUUGACUUCUGCUGCAGCCUUCGUGGAGGGUGGAAUCCAGGAUGCUUGUGAUGAUGCUUGUAGUAUAUGUCUCGAAGCAUUUCAUGACAGCGAUCCUUCAACAGUGACAAGUUGCAAACAUGAGUUUCAUCUUCAGUGCAUUCUAGAAUGGUGUCAACGAAGCUCUCAGUGCCCCAUGUGCUGGCAACCUAUCAGUCUCAAAGAUCCUACAAGUCAGGAAUUACUUGAAGCGGUGGAAAGAGAGAGGAACAUUAGGUUGAAUCCGCCUAGAAAUGCCACAAUAUUUCAUCAUCCAGCUCUGGGUGAUUUCGAGUUGCAACAUCUGCCCGUUGGUGCAAAUGAUGCUGAUCUUGAAGAGCGUAUCAUACAGCACUUAGCUGCUGCUGCUGCAAUGGGACGGGCUCGUCAUAUUGCUAGAAGGGAAGGUCAGAGAAACAGGUCAUCAGCUCAAGGUCGGCCACAUUUUUUGGUAUUUUCAGCCCAUCCCAAUUCACCUCCCAUGGCUCCUGCCUCUCCAACCCAUGGGGCAGAUGGUGAACCAGCUUCAGCGAUCACUGUUGCUACUUUAUCUCCAACUCCUGCCACUGGGGAAGAGUCUUCACGGUCAACUUCUGUUCCUCUUGUUCAAGCAGACCAUAUCUCUGCUUCAGGAUCAGGAUCUACUGUUCUUGCUGCUGAUAACCAGGGAUCUUCUUACAACAGUAGGAGAUCACCUAGCCAGUCUUCUCCUAGCAGUCAGGACAGAGCAGGGCCAUCAGAAUUCCAAUCAUUUUCGGAAUCUUUGAAGUCUAGACUAAAUGCAGUUUCAACGAGAUACAAAGAGUCGAUAUCCAGGAGCACCAGAGGAUGGAAGGAGAGAUGGUUCUCUCGCAACAGCUCUAUGCCUGAUGCGGGAUCUGAAGGUAGACAAGAGGCUAAUGCAGGGAUUGCAACUGUGUCACGCCUGAUGGAACGACUUGAUACCAGAGACAGCAAUAGAAAUGAUAGCAAUCCUGCCCAAAGUCAUUUAGAAGGUGGUUCGGUUGCUGAACCAAAUGACCGACAUAUUUCAAAUGCUGAAGGCGAAAGCCUGUCGACAGAUAAUAACACAAAAGCAUCCUUUGCGGCAGGUUCUAGUUCAAAUUAAGCAUUGAGCAUAAUUUGCUUCAAUUCUAAGCUUUGCUGUGGCUGAAAGGUAGAAAUAGAUUGUCCUUUGCUGGAUAUGAAAUUCUGUGAAUGUGGUGUGUUGCCUUUUGGCUGGUGCAAGCCAGGCAAGUGAUAAUCCAUUUUCCUCGCUGAAGGUGUCAGUGCUUGCCAUAUUUGGAAUAAAGAACCUAGAAAAGAUAGAAACUGGUUUAGAAAUUAGGAAACUAUAUAUGGUUGUAUAUUCGCCAUGUAAACCUGUAGAUAUUUCUCACAGUACCCGACAUGAAGUACUGUGCUUCUGCUAGUGAUGGAUUCGCUGUUUUCCAACCUUGGGGGCAUGGAGUCUUUUGCUGAGAAUUCUGUUACUUUCAUGUGAAUGUUAUUAAAUGCAAUUCUAUUUGGA